AUGGGGGAGGAGCUCCAAAUCGCUCGAUCCCUUCAACUUCACAAGAUUCGUCAGUUCAGUCUGGAAAUGUGCAAAUCGCAUCUAACCCUGGUUAAAUUCUUCGUCGAUUUGGUAUGCGAACAGUUUGGGAUUCGAGCCGCGUGGAAAACAAAACGAUACUUGGAUCACCCGAUUCCAACUCAAAGGGAUGAUGUCAAUUGUGGGAUUCAUGUUUGCUUGAUGGCUCAAUCAAUCGUCACAAAUCAGUUCUGUCACGGAGAGAUAGAUGUUCAAGUAUUGAGAAGAGCAACCAAGGAAACACUCAUGGAUAAAUGUUCCUCUCCCUGA